CGCGGGGACCAGGAGGGUAUCGCCGAAGGAAGGGACGAGGAACGACGAGAGGAGAAAAGCGAGGUCGUUUGUCGCUGUUAUCGGACCUGCCUAUCCGUUUCGCCGUUAAUACGCGAGGAAAGAGUCAGAAAGAUAUACGAACGAGAGAGAGUCGAGGAAAUAUCGAAAACAAAUUAUCAGCGGAACACACGUCGUGAAGCUACGUAUCGAUGGUAAAUUAACGUUGGCACACAAGGCCCCGCGGCGCAAGGAAUAAACAAGCGGUAAUUAAUGAAGCCGUUGAGAGGUGUCCGCGGGAUAUGAUUAACGAGACGACGUGACGUAACAUAAGUUACGUGUGGCAUCGCGGAACGGCGGGUUAGAAGAGACGAGGAGAGGAAGAAAAAGAGAGAAAGGGAUCGAACGCGAGGAGAGGAUCGGCAGAGCGGCAACGGCAACGGCGACUCGGCAGUAGCAAGAGUAAACGCAAAAGAAAGCACCCUCGCUCGGCCCCGCGCGAUGCAAAGACGGGAUAUAAAUAAGCGGCUGUCGUUUGCGGAAGCAGAAAACGGGCAAAAGGACAGAAAUAAAGAAGAAGUCGAGGAAGAAAGGGAGCUAGCGACGGAGAAAGGAAUAAAUAAGUCGGGACGAGGGAGGGAGGGAGGCGGACACGAAGGAAGGAAGGAGAAGGAAAGAGGAGAGUCGUCGGCAGCACCACGGCAUCGGGCCCCGGCUCCCGGCUCUCAAGUCCCUUGUCGCUUUGCUCGACCAACGUCCCGAUCUACUACUUUCGCGGUAUACGAUACGUCCCCUCGCAUUGGAGAGCUUUUAUUUCCGCCGUGUGCACCGCAGGGCCUGAUGGCAGGUGUACCCGCGCGUCUCGUUAUCCGAGGAGCCACUUCUUUCGUAGGGUUACGGAUUUUAGAGGCGCGUUGAACUCGUCGAGAGCGAGGGUGAUUUUAGUCGGAAACGGAUCCACUCCCAAGAUCCACGGAAUCCGAAGACGGAAAGAAAAAAAAACGUUGAAACUGCUAAGGACAGGACACCCUGUAUAGGUGCAUACGCGCAUAUACGUGCGGUGGCUGCGAGCAGGACCGUGCGGAACGGAGCCAGAGCCAGAGAGCAGAGCGGAAUCGAGAAGGAGAAAACGGAACACAGAGCGGAGAAGCGCGAGCUGACUGCGGCAGGGGCGCAGCAUGUUUAUUGGCGCAUCUCUCAGUCUUAAAUCUUUAUGUUGUCUCCGCGACGGGGUCCGGAGCGGCCGUCCCCCCCGGUCCCAUCGGCGGGCCCCGCCGCGCCGCGCCGCGUCGGAGAAGGACGGAGAACUCGAGAAGGGCACCGGCUCUCCCCGGAAAGGGACGGGAGAAGGAGCGAAACUCGGGAGAACGAGAGAAAGAGAUUUGCUAAUACUACCGGAAAGCCUCGGAUAAUUCUCGCGCCUCGGAAACGUGCGAAACAGUCAGUGAAACGACGCUGUAUCGGGGACGACUCAUGAGAGCGAGGAGAGCCCGCCACCGCGCUGCCGUCGUCGCUACCGCCACCGCCACCGCCACCGUCGCCGUCGCCGUGCAGGGAACGCGAGGGGACGUCGAGCGGCGUCGAGAGGACGAAGACGAGAAGGAUGAAGAGCCGCGCCGCACCGGGGCUUUCACAACGUUCCCGUUUUGCACCGCCAAGAUGCUGGACAAUUAUGACAGGGGUGAGGUGACACCACCACCGGCGGUGAGCGGUUACGGCGGCUCCGCCGGGCUCCUGGCGCUCCAUUCCUCGCUCUACGCGACUCCCACGUCGAGGGCCUACGACAUCGACUCCGGUAUCGACGGCAACGACAGCUCGAUGCCCAUGGACACCCAAAUCAUCUCGAUACCGAGCAUGCUGACCGGGCCGGCGCAACAGCGGCUGGAGGACAUGCCCUGGCUGGCCUCCGGCCCGUCGCUGGAAUACCAGCCGGGCAUCUCGCCGAUUCCCGCGGGAGUGAAGAUGUGCCAUCCCGGCGGCGGCACCGCCCAAAGGAGCCUCAAGGAGCAACGGAUACGUCGCCCGAUGAACGCGUUUAUGGUCUGGGCAAAGGUCGAGCGCAAGAAGUUGGCCGAUGAAAAUCCCGAUCUCCACAAUGCCGAUCUCAGCAAGAUGCUUGGAAAGAAAUGGCGAGGGCUGACGCCGCAAGACAGAAGGCCCUACGUCGAGGAGGCCGAGAGGCUCCGGGUCAUACACAUGCAGGAACACCCGAAUUACAAGUACAGGCCGCGGCGCAGGAAGCACGCGAAACGGACACCCGGUGCACCGUCCUCGCCUCCCUCGGCGACCAACACCGCGGGCAACAGGUCCAACCCUGCCGGCCCGCCGAUUCAUCAUUCCAUGUCCAAGAUGGACAGUUACCAUCAGGGCAUGUCUCAAAUCCCGUGGGGUGGCCAUUCUCCGAUCUCAUCCCUGUAUCAUCAACAGCAACAGCAGAGUAUCCAGGAGUACAAAUCGGAAAAUAAUUCGAUCUACGGCAGUCCUUACACGCCCAUCAUCCACAGCCCGGACAUAUCUCCGGUGGCCAGUCCCGAGCCCGAUGGUGACGGCGGUCAUUUAUCGUCCGCUCAAAAUCAGGAUCCAGAACGAGAUCUGAUGGAAGGUACCUCGAAGCAACACGGAGACAUGAGCGAUCAGAAACGAUACACCUUUAUGAGUAGCGACAAUCAGCUGCACACGGGUCACGUUAGUAACACUAGCAUAUCAUCGUGUCAGAAUUCUGGCGGUUACACGGAUACUUUAACGUAUAAAAAAUCCGUGGGCUAUUUGAACUUCGAGAGACAAUCCACGAGCAUAGCCGCGGUGGGCAUAGCGAACGGUAUGAUGGUGUCGUGCAAUAAGCUACGCUCCGGUUUCGACAACGUCGGUUCCGUCACGGGCACGUUUUAUCCGCCGGUCGCCUCGCCGCACGAUCAAUCGUUGCAGCACUACAGCGGCACGCAGACGUCCAAGAGCACGACCAACUAUUCGAUGCAGUCUACCGUCGAGAGCAAUUACAAUCCGGUCCAAUGCGCGGGCAGUCGACAGCAGCCCAUAGGAAUCCGCGGGGCCGCCGAAAGUUGUCCCGUGACACAUCGAUACCAAAUGUCGCAUCAUCAGGAGUACCAGACAGACGCGUCCUCCGGCAGCGGCCAGCACGCGAUUCUCGGCGGUCACAUCGAUCACGGUAUGAGCGCCGAGGACGAUCAGCAGCAAACGCUCCAGCUGGAAAAAUAUUUCAAGUAUUCCCAUCCGAGCGUAGGACACUCGAGCCUGUCCUCGCAGAGUAUGUUGGAUAGCAACCAUAACUACGCCAGUGAUCUGCGCUACUACGGGACACCGCCGCAAUCUCAGCUGGACAUGUCGAAUUCUCAGUGCAUCGUCGACGAUCAGCAGGGCAACAAAGACGCUCGUUGUCCUAACGUCGCGAUCGGUCAUACCAUGGAACAAUAUCACCCGGGAUUGGAGGUGUCCAAGUACACGGAUCACUCAGUGACGCAGCAACACCAGCAGUCGCAGCCACAACAGCAGCAGAGUAUGGAACACGUGCCCAAGGCUGACGACGAUUUCAGUGUUAUACUUGCGGACGUGCGCAAGACUUGCUACAGUAGUUAGUGUUUCUCCUUCUAGUGCACAGACCGAUCCACAGGUUUCGGAUUGGACUGACGUGCGAAUUUCAGGGACUCUUCUUUCGUUCACGCGGUCGCGAAGAACAGAACGCUUAUGUGCACAUUUGACGUCAUCACGUGGCUGGUGCUACUCGAUAUAUAUCAAAGCAUUUUUAUCUCGUGAUAAAAGGGUACGUCCUUCUCGUUAACUUCGGAAACAAUAUUUCAGCUCCAAGUUUUCACACGAGCAAAAGAUAUUAUUUGCCACUCGAUUCGUUCAAUUUCCAGCACGGAAAAUAUUUAAUUACAAUUUUUAUCUUUCGGAACUCUAUCUAUGAGUAUCCCCUGUGUAUAAGCACGAUCUCUUAUGGAUUUCAGUACAACUGAAAUUGCAUUCAUGCGAGUCAGUGGCGUACAAUUGUCGCCUGUCAACAAGUUGCGGUAAACGAAAUUCCGAUAAAAAUAUGACGAAUAUAAUUAUACGAUACAAACAAUGAUAAACUGCCUGAUAUGAUCAAGAAUGUCAUCGUAUUUUAUUACAAUGAAUAUCAUUUUAUUGGAAUUUUUCACAAGAUAUUAAAUUUCCUGGAUUUCUAUCUUAUCUACAAUCUUAUAUGAACACUUUAGGACCUCAGAAAACGUAAUGAUAGGCGGCUAAUGGUGCACGGCUAGUGUAGCAUUAAAAUUGCAGAGAGAAUUGUAUACUCACAUAGAUGUCACAUUAGUUUCAUUAUCAAAGGUAAUACAGUAGCAGAGAUAUGAUAACGAUAGCGAGAGAUAUUAAAUUUACGUUAUUAGAAAUGUUUUAGAAAACUUUCACAUGUCAAGAAAUGUUUUGCAUCAGUAAGUUUUCUCGUAUUUACUCUGAGAUAGCAGCAUUUACUUUUGGUGCUAUGUCACUGUGAGCUUUAUUCAAAAGCUUGUUUUUAAUCGUUGCAAACGAUGAUUUACAUAAACCAAUGUAUGUUUUUGUUGUAAAUAAAUUUUCUUUUUCUUGCUCAUCAGAGUGACAUUUCUAGCAACUUGUGCAAACUGCGCAUUAAGUUUUGUAGAAAUGCGAGUGGUGCAACAUGUCUUCGAUGUGUAUAGAGAUGUGUAAAGAAUUCUGGAUAAAACUAAAUUAUUAUUAUUUUGCUAUUAUUAUAUUACCUGUUAAUUAACAUUAUUAGAUAUUAAUAUUAUUAAUGUAUCGUACUUAAUAGAAUCAAUUAUGAACAAAUAUUUAUCUGCAUAUAUUCUUCAAAGGAUAUCCUUCCACAAGAAAUAUGUUCUUAAUGCAUUUCGUGUGGUGCAUAUCGUUUAUUUUAUAUAUAUGUAACGCACACAUGCGUAUGGUAGGUACACACUAUAUAUGUAUGAGACACACAUACAUAUAUAUAAAUUAUAUUGUAAAAUAUUAUGUGUUAUCCAUAUAUACUCACAUUCUUCAUUCAAAAUAAAUUUCUCAUUGAGAAAUUUGGUAUACGAUAAAAUUAUACAACUUUCCGAAAAAAGUUGAUGUCUCCCGCGAAAUGACAUAUCACGCAAAUAUAUUUUUAAUCACGCAUGUGUAUUAAAAAACGAUCUUUCAGGAUUACCGCUCCACGUCAUUAAAAUUAAAACACACACAUGUAUGUAUAUUAAUUCUUUUUAUUAAAUAUAUAUAAAAAAUAUGUGUAUAAGAUACAACAUUAUGUGUAAAGCUGAAAUCAUACAUAGUGUAGUGAUACCCAUAAAUUACAUCAAAGGGGGUUGAUACAAUGGUUAAAUAUUGACAAAUAUUUCUCAUUUUCCAUUAUACAAUUAUAUGACACCUUCUUGCGUCAGAAGGUCUCAGAUAGCUAUAGGUAAAGUCUUUUACCAAAUAAAUAUAAUAUAUUUAUUAAACAACAGGCACGUGAAGAAAACAAGUAUUAAAUAAAUUAUUAUAAAUAUUUCAUAAUAUCUCUUCUAUAAUAGGAUAUUUAUAAAUAUCCCUCUCUCGUCAUCUAGAAAUUGUUAUUGCACAUAUCGCCCUUUCUAAUAUCCGUCGCAAAGCCAUUUAUUGUAACUAAAAUGAUCGAUGCUAAAGUCGGUACCAAAGUAAGACUUCGAAAUUAAUCUCCAAGUCUCUCUGCUGAAUCUAUAUACAUAUUUCUAUAUAAAUAGUGUAUUAUUUACGAAUUUAUUCUGUCACAUUUUAUGUAUUAAUCCCCAUUGAUUUACACGUAAAUGUAAUCGAGUUGUGCGACGAUUAUGAUUUGCUUUACCGUUACAGUAUGUAUAAACAAGGCUGACAUCGCUCGGUACAAUUUAUAUUAAUCGUUCACAGCAGAACCGGGAUUUUUACUGAGACAGAAGAUU